GGUCACAAUUUUUUUCAUUUUAUAACCGAUCAAAAAAAGAAAGAAAAAAACUUGGUAAAUUGUUGUCUAUCAAGCUGUAAAUAGCUGUAUUUACUGCUUCUUAUUACAAUCAUAACAUUGGUUUCUACUCCCAAAAAACAGCAACAGCUAGAAUAGAAUGCGCAACCUUGUCGUUUUGGGAGGUUCCUCACACCCCGAGUUCACAGAACAAAUUUGCAACCGAUUAGGCAUUUCACCUGGACAAGUGAAUCUUGGCAAAUUUUCCAACAAUGAAACGAGCGUUGUCAUGAAGGAAUCUGUUCGUGAGCAAGACGUCUAUAUCAUUCAAAGCGCUUGCGGCAACGUGAAUGAUAAUUUUAUUGAAUUGCUGAUUAUGAUCAACGCUUGUAAAAUUGCCUCAGCAAAACGUAUUACAGCCGUCAUUCCAAAUUUUCCUUAUUCUAGACAGUCCGAUGUGCCCUAUAAGACCUCUGGUGCACCACUAACAUUUCCUGCCAGUUCGGGUAUUUCCACACCUAUAUCUGAACAGCCUUUCCCGUUAGAAACAACAGCAACAACAACAUCGACCAAUUCGUCAGAUCAACAAGACAGAAAAAAGAGAGAUAAUGCACCUUAUAGACAAUGGCGUGCACGACCUGGUGUAUUAAUAGCUGAUCUUUUAACAGCUGCUGGUGUGGAUCAUAUUAUCACAAUGGAUCUUCAUGAUCCACAAUUCUCUGGUUUCUUUGAUUGUCCCGUUGAUAACCUUACCAGUCUUUCUACAGUCAUCAAUUAUAUUCGCUUAGAUGUACCCAACUAUGAAAAGGCAAUCAUUGUGUCUCCUGACGCUGGCGGGGCCAAAAGAGCAGCAUCUAUUGCUGAGAAGCUUUGCAUGGAUUUCGCAUUAGUACAUAAAGAGAGACCAAAAGUACAUUCUCAAAAGAGAGAAUCGAUUCUUGUAGGUGAUGUUCGAGGACGUGAUUGUAUUUUGAUAGACGAUAUUACAGAUACUGCCUAUACAAUUACGAAAGCAGCACGUUUGUUAAGAGAGAAAGGAGCAAAAAAGAUUUCAGCCAUCGUCAGCCAUGCUAUCCUCUCAGCUGAUGCUAUUAAACAUCUUGAACAAAGUGCUAUUGAUGAAUUGAUUGCUAGUAAUUCAGUACCUCACGCUCAACAUAGUAACAACAGUUCAAAGUUGAAGGUUUUCGACGUAACAAGGUUGUUCUCUGAAGCAAUUCGUCGUACUCACUUUGGUGAAUCAUUAUCAAAACUCUUUGAAGCCUAAUGGGGUUGUCAAAGUGGUGGUAGCUGUAGCAUAUAAGGUUUAUUAUAGACCCCUAAUCGAUAGAUAUUUCACCUUUUUUGUACAUUACAUUAUAAUUCAAUCAUUUACCUUGCAAAUAUUAGAAAAAUUCUACAUGAUGUGCAAACAUUGUAUGGCAUUUGAUGUCAAUCAGAAUAUGGCUAUGGUGGUAUUGAUUAUGCGUUAAAUAUAAAUAACAUUUUCUAAAUAGACAGACCUUAAGAUGUCAACAUAAUG